AUCAGCGCUGUCGCUCCCUGACAGAGAGGGAGGGGAAGGGGAGGCUGGUAACCGGGGCUGGAACGGGGAUAACCUGCAGCCUCCGUCUCUCGGAUGCUCUGAUGGAGUGAACCGGCGACGAUGCGCCUCACUGUCCUUCCUCUGUCCGUCAUGGAGACGGUUUAUCUGGCAGCUCAGUGAAUCCUGGACCCGGAGGUCAGAGGUCAAACCUGCACUUCUCCCUCCUCACCCCUACACCCUCACCUCACCCCCUCCCUCCCCCCCACCCCUGCCACCCUCCAUCGUCUCCCCACUUUUUUCUCUCACUCACGAACCCACCUUCUCCCCCCCAACCCCCCACCACACGACACUGAGAGGGAACCUCCACAACCAGCAGGAGUCGUGCGUUUCCUCGCCCAGGUGUGACAAGUCUCAGAUCUAGGAGUCGAGAUGAUGUGCGAGGUGAUGCCCACCAUCUCGGAGGACGGGCGUGGAGGAGGCGGAGGCGGCGGAUCGUCCUCCCCGGCCGGUGGCGGAGGAGGAGGGAUCGGCGGUGGGAUGGGAGGCAUGGGGGGCUACGGAGGCCGGGACCCCAGAGGAGGAGGAGGAGGAGGAGGAGGAGGAGGAGGUGGAGAUGAAGGAGGAAGCACCGGGAACCUGGAGUCUCUGAUGGUGAACAUGCUGACGGAGAGGGAGCGUCUGCUGGAGAGUCUGAGGGAGACGCAGGACAGUCUGGGGACGGCGCACCUCCGCCUCCGAGAGCUCGGCCACGAGAAGGAGUCGCUCCAGAGGCAGCUGUCCAUCGCCCUGCCGCAGGAGUUUGCAGUGCUGACCAAAGAGCUGAACCUCUGCCGGGAGCAGCUGCUGGAGAGGGAGGAGGAGAUCGCCGAGCUGAAGGCAGAGAGGAACAACACACGACUGCUGCUCGAACAUCUGGAGUGCCUGGUGGCCCGCCACGAGCGCAGCCUGAGGAUGACGGUGGUGAAUCGACAGAACAGGUCUUCGGCCGGCGUCUCCAGCGAGGUGGAGGUCCUCAAAGCCCUCAAGUCGCUGUUCGAGCACCACAAGGCCCUGGACGAGAAGGUCCGGGAGAGACUGCGGGUGGCUCUGGAGAGGGUGGCGGUGCUGGAGGAGGAGCUGCAGUCGUCCUCUCAGGAGGUUGUGACUUUAAGGGAGCAAAUCAAACGGCGGCAGCAGGGACUAGACAACGGCAAGGAGCGGCUCCCUAACGGACCGUCCUCCAUCCUGGACGACGGCGACGUCGACCGGCAGCGGGAGGGUGAGAUCGAGCGGCAGAGGUCAGAACUGGGGCAGCUGAAGGAGCGACUGGCCCUCAUGUGCCGACAGGUCGGGGAGAUCGAGGAGCAGCUGACGUCGGCCCGGCGGGAACUCGCCCGGUCGGAGGAGACCAACCAGAAGCUGCAGAGGGACGUGAAGGAGGCGCUCUGUCAAAGGGAAGACAUGGAAGAGCGAAUCACCACGUUAGAACGCAGGUACCUGAGCGCCCAGAGGGAGGCGACGUCUCUCCACGACAUAAAAGACAAACUGGAAAACGAGUUGGCCAGCAAGGAGUCCCUCUACAGACAGAGCGAAGAGAAGAACCGGCAGCUUCAGGAGCGUCUGGAUGAUGCCAAGCAGAAGCUGCAGCAAACCCUGCAGAGGGCCGAGACGCUGCCGGAGAUCGAAGCCCAGCUGGCCCAGAGAGUGGCAGCGCUCAACAAGGCGGAGGAGCGUCAUGGCAACUUUGAGGAGCGACUGCGACAGAUGGAGGCGCAACUGGAGGAGAAGAACCAGGAGCUCCAGAGGGCGAGGCAGAGGGAGAGGAUGAACGAUGAACACAACAAGCGUCUCUCUGACACUGUGGACAAGCUACUGUCGGAGUCCAACGAGAGGCUGCAGCUCCAUCUGAAGGAGAGGAUGGCGGCGCUGGAGGAAAAGAACGCUCUAUCUGAGGAGCUGUCCAACAUGAAGAAACUGCAGGAUGAUCUAUUGGCAAACAAGGACCAGCUGAUAGCGGAGCUGGAGAGGAUUCAGCUGGAGCUGGAUCAGCUGAGAGCGAGGCCCGGGGGCUCCUAUUCCAGUCGCUCUCUGCCAGGUAGCGCUCUGGAGUUGAGGUAUUCCCAUGGAGGCGGGUCCCUCCCAGCAGGCUCCAGCACUCACCUGGAUCCCUUUGGUAACGCCUCCGCCGGGGGCGUGGUCAGGCGAAGUCACCGCGCCCGCUGGAGCUCCGCCCGCGAGGAUUCCACCAAGUACCCAGACUGGGAGAGCGGGGCUCUGCUGGGGACUGGGUUCGAGCCGGGCAUGGAUGUGGGCUGCUCCGACGACGAGGACGACGGCGAUCAUCGCUUCGGCUCGGAGCUGCUGUCGCCCAGCGGACAGACGGACGUGCAGACCCUGGCCAUCAUGCUGCAGGAACAGCUGGAGGCCAUCAAUAAGGAGAUCAAAUUGAUCCAGGAGGAGAAGGAGAACACGGAGUUGCGGGCCGAGGAGAUCGAGAGUCGGGUCAGCGUGGCGUUGGACAGCCCUCCCAUCCCUCCCUCCUCCCUGGGCAGAGACAGCACAGGACGAGGCUUCAUCCCCUCAUCCAUCACUUCCUCCACCCUGGCCUCCCCCUCUCCCCCCAGCUCCGGACACUCCACCCCCCGCCUGCCUCACUCUCCGGCCCGGGAGACCGACAGACAGAACAGCAAAGAGGAUGAUCGGUCCCUCGCUCUUCUCGACUCUACGCCUCCUCCCACUCCUCGGGCGCUGCGAUUGGACAGGAUGACCCUCACCCAUCCAGGGGCGAUGCUCGACGACCCUCGAGAGUUUCGCAGUCUCUCGGCAGAUGGCGGCAGCUCCAACAGCAUCCAAGAUUCUCUCCACAAGUCCAGUAAGAAGAAAAGCAUCAAGUCUUCCAUCGGUCGGCUUUUUGGGAAGAAGGAAAAGGGAAGGAUGGGCCAGCCUGGUUGGGAUGGAUCUGCUUCUCUGGCAUCUACACCCUCUGAAGAUCUGGCCUCUGGAGACCCGAUGGGGAUGAACAAGACGGGAACUUUGGGUCCAGCUGAUAAAGAUCGCCGCAGCAAGAAGAAGCAUGAGCUGCUGGAGGAAGCAUGUCGCCAAGGACUUCCCUUUGCAUCCUGGGACGGACCUACUGUUGUAUCCUGGUUGGAGCUGUGGGUGGGAAUGCCGGCCUGGUACGUCGCCGCCUGCCGUGCCAACGUGAAGAGCGGCGCCAUCAUGGCCAACCUGUCCGACACGGAGAUCCAGCGGGAGAUCGGCAUCAGCAACCCGCUGCACCGCCUCAAACUGCGUCUGGCCAUCCAGGAGAUGGUGUCGCUCACCAGCCCAUCAGCUCCGGCCAGCACUCGAUCUUCGACCAGUAACGUUUGGAUGACCCACGCUGAGAUGGAGUCCCUGAACGCAGCCACCAAGCCUCCGGAGCUGAAGGAGUUCAGCUGGGAUCAGAUACUGGCCUACGGCGAUAUGAAUCAUGAGUGGGUGGGCAACGACUGGCUGCCCAGCCUGGGCCUGCCGCAGUAUCGCAGCUACUUCAUGGAGUCCCUGGUGGACGCCCGCAUGCUGGACCACCUGACCAAGAAGGAGCUGAGAGGACAGCUCAAGAUGGUGGACAGCUUCCACAGGGUCAGUAUGCAUUAUGGCAUCAUGUGCCUGAAGCGCCUGAACUACGAUCGUAAGGAGCUGGAGAGGCGGCGAGAGGAGAGCGUCCACCAGAACAAAGAUGUGAUGGUUUGGUCCAACGAACGUGUCAUGUGCUGGGUGCAGACGAUCGGUCUGAAGGAAUACGCCGACAACCUCCGUGAGAGCGGCGUCCACGGAGCUCUGCUGGCUUUAGACGACACAUUCGACUACACCGACCUGGCGCUGCUGCUGCAGAUCCCCAAUCAGAACACACAGGCCAGACAGCUCCUGGAGCAGGAAUACAACUCGCUCAUCUCCAUGGGAACAGAGAGACGGCCUGAUGAGGAUGGAACUAAGACGUUCACCCGCUCGCCCUCCUGGAGGAAGAUGUUUAGGGAGAAGGACCUCCGGGGCGUGACCUCCGACUCCGCCGAGACCCUGCCUGCUAACUUCCGUGCCUCAGCCAUCUCCACGCCCUCCGUUACCCUGAGAAAGGUCCAGAGUGACGCCAGCUCUGGAGCCCGGGGUGAAUCUGCCUCAGUGAGGACGUACUCCUGUUGAGGGGCUGAGGGUGCCAACUGGAUUGGGACUAGAGGAUCCUCUCGCUCAUCCACGGAGAAAGAAGCAAUGAAUAUAUCCAUUUAACUUAAAAAUAAAUCUAUCAGUCUGACCGUUCUGCAAUAACAGAUGCAAAGGAAUGAAAGAAGGAAAACUAAGAACGUAUGAAUGUAUUUUCCAACCAGAACAGUGGGAUGUGCUGUUUUCUCUCUCCGUCUCUCUCCUCCUGUCUGUGAAUUAAAGGAAAACGCCGGCGUUGGUCAGUUCGGUGCAGGUUUCGCCUCUUUUCAUUCCUGUCUGCACAUAGUCAGCAGAGUUGGCAAUAUCAGGGCUCAUUUUCCUCCCUUCAGAGGAAACCACUUGCUGCCAUUUAUUGUCUUACAGUACGAAAAACAACUCAACGUGUCGCCUUACGACUUCUGCUCGGCAGCAGGUGUUUUUAAUGAGGGCCGGGGCAGAAGUUAACCUCACCGUAAAGAUUUUAAAACCGAGAGGAUGUUUCGGGGGGGAAAUGGUUGGAUAGACGUGUCAUAAACAAUACCGGUGUUCUCCUUUGUGACGAAGAGUCAGCCGGUGUCCAGUGUCGGCCAUUGUGGCUCCAUUGUCGGCCUCUACGGGCCUGUCAGGGGCGCCUGAGCGUCCCCAAUUGGUCGGGGUGGUGUCGUAAAACACAUCUGAAUUCAGGCCACCAUUUAGCUCCGACCACAUCAGAGGGACCCUCCUCACGCUUUGUCUGCUGGCACCUUGAAAGCCGAUAGUCUGAGUUAGCUCUUUUGAAGGGAGCCCAUUAUGGAGAUCAAAGCGCUGAGCUGGAUGGGACGAAGGCGGAGGAAGGCCACAGAGGCAUUGUGUUCGAUGAUUUCAUGAUGUCGGCGGUGGCGGGACGUCAAUUAGGUCACUGUUGGUACCACUUUCUAAGAAGAUGUUCCUUACCAGGGGUUUAUAAGUUCUGGCUUUAUUAAACUUAAAGGGGCACUUAACCGUAAUCACGAUACUCAACCUGUCCAAACAGUUCUGUGGUGACCUCAUUCCUGGCUUCCCAACAGAAAUCCUGCACUACAUUCGAGAGUUCAGUGGAAGAAGCUUCUGAGUCGCCUUUUAGUUGUAUUUCAUAUAAUUAUCAAGCGAAUCUGAAGUUAGCUUUUUAAAUAUCGCAGAAAAUACAAUUUAAAAAGAAAAUGGUAUUAAAGCUUGUUUCAAAAGUUCUUUGGAGUGAAUAACUCGGUUGCUUUGUGUUGUCAUAAGGUGGCGCUAUUGGCUACGUUAGCUGGAAUAAACAGAGCAGAAGAAGCCGGAAGCAAAAUCAGUUGUUUACCAACUGAUUAAAAAAAAAGUCUUGUGUUGUCAAUCUGGAAAGAUUCUUUCAUGUCAGCUGAUAUUGUAAUAUUUCAUGCUGGAAAAUUGGCUAUGUUUCUUUUAACUUUGACAUUUGCAUUCACUUUUUUUUUUGAUGCGAUACUUCAAAAUGUGAAAGAAAAGACAUUAUGAUUUUAACCCUUCAGUCAGGGAUGCCCAAACUGUUCCACCCCUGAACUUUACUAUCACCAGAGGCAGUUAAAUUUAACUAUUAUGACUAAAAUAUGCUAUUUAUAACUGCACAACCUCCACUUAGUAUCUCAUGACCCCUCUAAGGGUUUGACCCAUAUGUUGGGAACUGCCAAAAAUAUUUUUUGUGAGGCCUUCAUGAAUUCAGCCCUCAAAAAUUGACAUGAUCUUCUGGAAAAAACGCUUGUCAAGAAGUCAUCAACGGUUUUAGGUACAGGCUUGGUAGUUUUGCAUGAGUAAGACCUUAAAUCUGUGCUCCAAAAUGCAGUUUUAGUUAUGAAUAAAGAGUUGUUGCAUUGCAGGAAUAGAGGAUGUGUAGAACUAAAGGUGUUAAUAAAUAGACAUCAUGUUUCUGGUGAGUUAAAGAGAAAAGUGAAAAGAAAAAGUUAUUCUAGAAGAGAUUAUACACUAGAAAUAAUUGAACCUUGUGAACCAAGUUCAGGGUAUCAAUAUAGUAGUAUCUUGAAACACAAUAAAUGCAAUUAAUUGUAAAUUAAAAGCCCUAUAUAAAGGAUGUUUGACUAGAAAGUGGUACCAAGAUAGAUAAAUAUGUGAAAUUAGACUCCUCACUGGACCUCCACAAUGUCGUAUGGUGAGUUUUAUGACCGUAAUCAUCAGCUCAGGGUCUGCGGUAGUCGUGAUGAUGGGAGAAGCGACAGAGAGACCAAACAGCAUCUCAGAGGGAGGUGAGAAAAAAAAGACAAAAAAACAAAAAUGAUGGACAGAAGCUGGUCAUUUUACUGCACACACAAGCCAUAACAGAAACUAAGAGCUCUCUUUGCGGGAGGAGGGUGAGACCAGAGAGAGGCAGAAGGGGAAGCCGAGCCCAUGGAAGUCCAGGAAACAAAAACCUUUAGCCUCUGUGUUUACGAUGCAUGUCAAAUAAACGACAAUGACCUAAAAACAUUUUUUUGGUAGUGAAGAUGAUAUGAGGUGUCGUUAAAAAAAUAUAUAUCUGUAUGAUAAACCUACAGGGGAGGGAGCCUGGGGAUCAAUUUGUAAAAUGUGUGUAUUUUUUUCAGUUGUAUUUUUGAUUUUUUACGAUAACUAUUUAUUUUCUUUAGGUAUGUAUUGGACAAAUGUAUGUACAUGUUCCGUUCCUUCUCGACUUCAUUUGAACUAGUUUUAAAAGUAAAUAUGGAAAAUGGUCAUCCAAAUACGCUACUGUAUGUGUACAUUUUGAGAACAAAUUGUGCAAUGAUUUAAGAGAUUUCCAUGAUAAAGUGAUAGUAAUACAAAUUGAAAAUAUCAUCUGGAAAAUAAAGAGUAAUGAUGAUGAUAAUGAAAAUGGUGAUGUAAAAGAAAAAAAAUAAAGCGAUCCAGGUGGAUCUGCUGAU